AUGGCAGGAGCAAUUGAAAACGCUCGCAAGGAGAUCAAAAAGAUUUCAUUAGAAGACCAUGCCGAAUCCGAGUAUGGUUCCAUUUACUCAGUCUCAGGACCCGUUGUCGUUGCUGAGAAUAUGGUAGGUUGUGCCAUGUAUGAAUUGGUCAGAGUUGGUCACGAUAAUUUAGUGGGUGAAGUUAUUAGAAUUGAUGGUGACAAGGCCACUGUCCAAGUUUAUGAAGAAACAGCUGGUGUUACUGUUGGUGACCCUGUUUUGAGAACGGGUAAGCCUUUAUCUGUCGAAUUAGGUCCAGGUCUAAUGGAAACGAUUUAUGAUGGUAUUCAAAGACCUCUAAAGGCCAUUAAGGACAUGUCUCAAUCCAUUUACAUUCCAAGAGGUGUGAAUACCCCUGCAUUGAGUAGAGAAAUCAAAUGGCAGUUUACUCCAGGCACAUACAAAGUUGGUGACCAUAUUACUGGUGGUGACAUUUUUGGUACAGUGUUCGAAAACUCUUUGAUAGAGAACCACAAAAUUCUUCUGCCACCAAGAGCAAGAGGUACUAUUACCUGGUUAGCUCCAGCUGGUGAGUACACUGUAGAUGAAAAAAUUCUUGAGGUCGAAUUUGAUGGUAACAAAUAUGAUUAUUCCAUGUAUCACACAUGGCCUGUGCGUGUACCAAGGCCAGUUGCUGAAAAGAUGUCUGCAGAUUACCCUCUAUUGACUGGUCAGAGGGUGCUGGAUGCUUUGUUUCCGUGUGUUCAAGGUGGUACAACAUGUAUCCCUGGUGCCUUUGGUUGUGGCAAAACCGUUAUUUCUCAAUCUCUAUCAAAGUAUUCCAACUCUGAUGCCAUUAUCUAUGUGGGAUGUUUCGCUAAAGGUACUGAUGUUUUGAUGGCUGAUGGAUCUAUCAAAGCCGUUGAAGACAUAUGUUUGGAUGACUCUGUCAUGGGUAAGGAUGGUUUGCCACGUGAAGUUGUAGGCUUACCAAGGGGAGAAGAGCUUAUGUAUGAAGUGAAACAAAAAACAGCUCAUAAAUCGGAUGCUGCUCGCGAUGAACCAUGUGGAUUGAUGAAGUAUACUUGUAAUGCAGCCCAUAAGUUUGUUGUCAGAACACCAACGUCGUGCCGCACGGUCACUCGUACAAUGAAGGGUACUGAGUAUACUGAAGUGAUUUUCUUUGACAUGGUCAAGAAAAUAUUGGCGGAUGGUAGAGUUAUUGAUAUUGUCGAGGAAGUGUCUGAGUCCUAUCCUGCUACCGAAGGCCCUGAAAAGGCUGCCAGAGUCAGGGAAGAAUAUGAGCAAGCUCACGAGGGGAAAGAAUUUUUUGAGUGGACAAUCGAGGCGAGAGAUGUCACUCUUCUCGGAAGACACGUCAGGAGCGCAACCUGCCAGUUGCAUUCACCAGUCCUGUAUGAGAGCGACUUUGUUUCCAACUAUUUGAAAAAAUCCCCAUUCCCAUUAGGGGCAGAAGCUGCUAGUGCCCUUCCUUAUUUGCUUGGUUUGUGGGUUGGUGAUAGUUUAUCAACUAAAGCUACUUUUUCUGUUGAUUCUAGAGAUACAUCAUUAUUCGACCGUGUUAUUGAAUAUGCUGAUGUCCUGGAUCGCGCUGCUGAAUAUAAAGAUAGACAUACUACAAAAAUUGCAGAGGCUAAUCAAAGCGAAGGCAUCCGUAAGAAUUUGAAUACAGAUAAUCCAUUGUGGACCGCUAUCGUGGACCUUGGAUACCUUAAAAACUCUACCAAAAAUGUUCCUGCAUAUUUGUGUACUGCUAACAUCGAACAUCGUGAGUUGUUCCUAGCUGGUUUCAUCGAUUCUCAUGGCUCUGUUUGUGGCGACGACGAUGCUAUUUUCGCUACUGUCGAAACAACUCAUUGUUCUGUUAUGGAAGGUACUGUUGCUGUUGCUCGUUCUUUGGGUAUGAAGGUGUCUGUCAAUACAGCACCCGCAAAGAUGGACAAAAAUAGUGUCAAUCAUCAAUCUGUUUAUGCUGUUCAUAUGUUUGGUGACGCUCUGAGAUCGGUUUUAUCUAAAUGUGCAGGUGAGCAGAAGUUUAAAGAGGCACCUGCUCAUGCUAUUUCUAGAGAAGUCAACGAAGUGUACUUUGAACUAACCCCUCUCAGUGUAGACAAGUACUAUGGUAUUACUUUACCUGAGGAUUCCGAUCAUCAAUUUUUGCUAGCUAACCAACUUCUUGUUCAUAACUGUGGAGAAAGAGGCAAUGAGAUGGCAGAGGUUUUAAUGGAAUUCCCAGAGCUAUAUACCGAACAGAGUGGUAAAAAGGAACCUAUCAUGAAACGUACAACUUUGGUGGCGAACACAUCAAAUAUGCCUGUUGCAGCAAGAGAAGCCUCUAUUUACACAGGUAUUACAUUGGCUGAAUAUUUCAGAGAUCAGGGUAGAGAUGUAUCAAUGAUUGCAGAUUCUUCUUCAAGAUGGGCUGAAGCUUUAAGAGAAAUUUCUGGUCGUUUAGGUGAGAUGCCAGCUGAUCAAGGUUUCCCUGCUUAUUUGGGUGCCAAAUUAGCAUCCUUCUAUGAAAGAGCCGGUAAAGCAGUUGCCUUAGGGUCCCCAGAUCGUGUUGGAUCUGUGUCCAUUGUUGCAGCUGUUUCCCCAGCUGGUGGUGAUUUUUCGGAUCCUGUUACCACGUCAACUUUGGGUAUUACUCAAGUCUUUUGGGGUUUGGAUAAAAAAUUGGCUCAAAGAAAGCAUUUCCCAUCUAUCAAUACCUCUGUUUCUUAUUCCAAAUAUACCAAUGUUUUGAAUAAGUACUACGAUUCAUCAUACCCUGAAUUUGCACCUUUAAGAGACCGUAUCAAAGAAAUUCUUUCGAACGCUGAAGAAUUGGAGCAAGUUGUUCAGUUAGUUGGUAAAUCUGCUCUAUCUGAUAGCGAUAAGAUUACUCUAGACGUUUCGAAUUUGAUCAAAGAAGAUUUCUUACAACAAAAUGGUUAUUCCACUUAUGAUGCAUUCUGUCCAAUAUGGAAAACAUAUGAUAUGAUGAGAGCAUUCGUUUCAUACUAUGAUGAGUCCCAAAAGGCGAUUGCUAACGGUGCUAAUUGGGCAAAACUUUCUGAAGCCACCGGUGAUGUUAAACACGCCGUUUCGUCUUCUAAGUUCUUUGAACCAAGCAGAGGUGAGAAGGAAGUCCACGGCGAAUUUGAAAAAUUGUUAUCUAACAUGCAAGAAAGAUUCGCAGAAUCAACAGAUUAA